AUGUGACUUUGCCUGCAGCUAACAGAGAUCAUCUGCUGAAUGCAUCUGCAACAUGUCUGCUAAAAAGAACUGGCCUUCAGGAGCACCACCUCCUCUCUCUCCCCAAACUUCUCAUUCCACACAGACCCUCCCUUUGGAGGACACUGAAGUAGAACCAGAUGAGAGUGUGCAGGAUGAAUCUUCAUUUUCUGAAGACGAAGAGUCUUUGGAGGAGGAAGAGGUUCUGGAGGAGGAUGAGUUUCUGGAGGAAGAAGAGUUCCUAGAGGAAGAGUAUCCGGAGGAAGAAGUGUAUCUGGAGCAGGGGAAGUCUAUGGAAGAAAGGGACUACCUGUUUGACAAGUACCCUAUCCUGGAAGACAAACUCAAGGCAAUUUAUUCACGGAAAACCAGAGCUGAUCUUAAUAAAAGGAACCAAUCUGUUGGCACCUCUCAGGACACUUUUGCUGUCCCAUCUACCUUUGCUGACUCAUCUACCGUCGCUGACUCAUCUACCGUCGCUGACUCAUCUACCUUUGUUGCCCCACCUCCUGACUCCGAAUCUGUCUUUGAGUAUCCUUACACUAGUAAGGAGUUUCCCACAGCCCAGACAAGAGACCAGGCCAAUCAGACGGAAUGGACCUAUGAGAACAUCAUGGGAGGAUCUUUAAAGUCAAGAAAACCAGAGCAAGACACUUACGACAUCAUAGGAAUUGAUUCAGAAGAAGGUGUUGUCACUGAAGCACAGACAGAGGAGAAAAGUGUCAUGAAAUCUGUUUCUCAAGCAAGCUUUUGGGAUGACAUAAUAGAUGAUGAGCCCCUCGACAAACUGGAUACUGAGGAAUUUGAUGAAAAUCUUCUGGGCAGCUCUUAUCAAGCAGUGUUUAAGAUGAUUAUUCAAGAAAUGGCUGCUCGCAGUGAAGUAGAAGAGGACUUUGACAUCCCCUCGACUAAGCUACUGGCAACUGAAAACAGAAAGAAAUUGGGAAUUUUGUUGAAGAAAAACUUUGGAAAAUACAAGGAAGCUAUUCUAUGGCUUAUGAAGAAACGUGACAGUCACAGGACGACAGAUAUGUCCUCCACUGUUACAUUUCAUUUAUUGACUCAACCACCAGAAGAACAGAAGUCUGAGACAGAAGAAAUCACAAAGCCUCGUCGCCGUAUUGCUCGUCCUAAGAAGAAAACAGAAAAAUUAGAAGUAGAUAUGGAAUGGAUAAAUAAAAAGACAAAGGACCACCAAGGUUAUGGAAAAAUAAUUCUCUACAGCAAUGAAAAUAUCUUCCAAAUUCUCUUUCCUGAUGGGACAGGCCAGAUAUAUUAUCCAUCAGGAAACCUGGCCAUGCUCAUCUUCAGCAUAAAUGUUGAAAGUUUCACAUACAUCAUUCUGGAAGACAGUGGAAAAGCAUGGAUUCGGGCCCUUGUCAAUAACUCUGGUCAUGCCACCUUCUAUGAUGAAGACAGAGAUAUCUGGUUGAGCCUGAGCCGCAACCUGGGCUACUACUUCCCCCACAACAUGCGCCUGAAGGCCUGGAACUGGUGGAAUCUGAACCUCCACGUCCACGCACCUCCCAUCCAACCCAUCUCCCUGAAAAUCAACCAGUACAUCCAGGUACAAAUAAACAGCCAGGAUAAUAUCAUCUUCUGCUUCGCGCACGACCAAAAGCGAGUUUGUAUAAACAUGGGCACCAAGUACAAGUUCAUAAUCCCAGACAUGCUGAGUAAAAUGAAGAAGAAACCAAUCCUGGAGGUGGAUCCCAGCCCAACGGCCCAGAAGAUCCAGGUCCUUCUGGGGAAAAUGAAUAAGAUCCUGAAUUUCCUGACUGCCUAUGAUUUGGAAAACUUCCAGGAUGCUGCCGAGAUGUUGUUAAUGAACAUGUGUCCAAAGAGGAAGUUGUUUCGAUUCCCAUUUUAGGGCCAUCACCAACUUAUCCUGAGGUUCCUCUGGUAUUCACUGAGUGUUUUGGGAAGCAAGGCCAUCCAGAGCUUCGCAGAAAACCCCAAAGACCUGUUACACUGUUUGAGAAU